AGUUUUAGGAGGCUAUCAGCACCACACAAAUUCAAGAGAAAGUUCUUCACGAGUUCCUUAUAAAAAGGACAUGCAAAGGUCUAAAUUUUCAUGAUAGAAAAUGGCUUCUAUCUCUCAUCUAUCUUUCGUGUCCUUAGCCAACAUUAAUCUCUCUUCCAACUCCACCAAUGCCCUUUCUUCCUUUCCUCCAAUUUCACAAUUCCAAUCAGCUAAAAAUAGAAAACCAAAACGUUAUAACAUUCCUAGAGUAACAUGUGGUAGUGGAAACCAAAACAAUCCAACACCAAACCCAAACACAUCCGAAGGAGAACAACUCCAACAUAUUGUAGGACAUAGGAGGAGCGUUUUGGUUGGCCUAGGAGGACUCUGUGGUGCUGUUACCCUAAACAACAACAACCCUUUUGCCUUUGCUGCCCCAGUUUCCCCUCCAGAUCUAACCACAUGUGGUCCACCAGACCUACCUGAUGGUGCAAAACCCACCAAUUGUUGCCCCAAUUCCACAACAAUCAUAGAUUUCAAGUUCCCUUCCUCUAACCAACCCUUGAGGGUAAGACCAGCAUCACAUUUGGUCAACAAUGACUAUUUAACCAAAUAUAAAAAAGCCGUUGACCUAAUGAAAAAACUCCCAAAAGAUGACCCACGCAAUUUCACCCAACAAGCCAACGUCCACUGUGCUUAUUGUGAUGGUGCAUAUCACCAAGUAGGGUUCCCUGAUCUUGAUCUCCAAGUCCACAACUCUUGGCUCUUCUUCCCCUUCCACCGAUGGUACCUCUAUUUCUACGAAAGAAUAUUGGGAAGCUUGAUCAAUGACCCCACCUUCGCCCUUCCAUUUUGGAACUGGGAUGCUCCUAAGGGCAUGCAACUUCCCUCCAUCUAUGCAGACCCUAAAUCGCCUCUUUAUGACCCUCUCCGCAAUGCCAAUCAUCAACCACCAACACUUGUAGACCUUGACUUCAACCUUGAUGAUCCUAACGCUGUUGGAGAUAUCUCAUCCAACCUCAGCAUAAUGUAUAGACAAAUUGUGACUAAUGGGAAGACUUCUACGUUAUUUCUUGGAAGUGCUUACCGUGCUGGGGAUGAACCUGACCCUGGUGCUGGCUCUUUAGAGAACGUUCCACAUGGUCCUGUUCAUGGAUGGACCGGUGAUAUCAACCAACCUAACGAUGAGAAUAUGGGGAAUUUCUACUCGGCUGCAAGGGACCCUAUUUUUUAUUCUCAUCAUUCCAACGUUGAUAGGAUGUGGUCUAUAUGGAAAACACUUGGUGGCAAAAGAAGGGAUUUCACUGACUCGGAUUGGUUAGAAUCCGGGUUUCUCUUUUACGAUGAGAAUAAGAACCUCGUGCGUGUGAAGGUCAAGGACUGUCUUGACACAACAAAGCUAGGGUAUGUUUACCAAGAGGUUGACAUUCCAUGGUUGAAAUCUAAGCCUAAACCACGGAAGCCAAAGGUUCAAAAGUCAACACUGGCUCAAACUUUUGGUGUUGGUGCAGCACAUGCUGCUGAGACUUCAAGGAACGUGAAGUUUCCGCUGGUGUUGGAUUCUGUUGUGAGCACGAUGGUGAAGAGGCCGAAGAAGUCAAGGAGCAAGAAGGAGAAGGAAGAGGAGGAGGAGGUUCUGGUGAUUGAAGGGAUUGAAUUUGAGAGAAACGUAGCCGUGAAGUUUGAUGUGUUUAUCAAUGAUGAAGAUGACAAGCUGAUUCGACCAGAUAAUACUGAGUUUGCAGGAAGCUUUGUGAGUGUGCCUCACUCGCAUAAGCACAAAAACAAGAAAAUGGUUACUAAUUUGAGGCUGGGACUGACGGAUUUGUUGGAAGAAUUGGAUGUGGAAGAUGAUGAUAGUGUUAGGGUGACGCUGGUUCCUAGGUAUGGGAAAGGGCGUGUCAAAAUCAGAAGCAUCAAGAUAGAGCUUCUUGCAGAUUAAAUAUUAUUUAUAAUUACUAAUCAGUAUGUAAUAUAAUGGUAAUGCAUGGUUCUUACGUACAUGGCUGACUCCAAGGCCGAUAAAAUGUAUUUCUCUGCCAUAAAUUCAUAAUAAAGAGCUGUUAUUAUAGAUAUUA